GGUACGACAGCUCCCGGCACUACAGCUCCCGGCACUACAGCUCCCGGCACCACGGCCCCUGGAACGACAAUCCCUGGAACGAGUCCAAUAUAUCCCACUAGUGGACUCAAUUCGACAAUGUCCACGAGUGUCCCGGUAACAACCCCCCAGACUCCGGCAACAGAAAGCACUACCUCAACGUAUUAUACCACAAUCCAAACCACACCUACCACAGUAGUGCCCCCAGCGACAACGUAUCCCACAGUACCGAUGUCUUCUCCGGAGACGCCAACUGUCCCGUCCGGCACUGUUCCGACCUCGCCUAUUGAAUCGACCCCUGGUACUUCGCCUCCGGCAGAGACUACUCCUGUAACUUAUCCGGGCACUACAUCAGAGGUUGAAAGCUCGUCCACGAGCCCGUGCGAGACGAUGACUACACCUGGCGAAUCCGUCACCAUGAGUGUCCCAACGGUUCCUUCUGUUCCCACAGUCCCAGCUACAGGCCCCGUAGGAAAUAUGACCACAACCCCAUGCCCGGAAAGUAUGACAACUCCUGGGUAUCCAGGAACGACACCAUGGGUUCCAACUGGUAGCGUACCAUCCGUUCCGACCUAUCCAGGUGGCCCGCCUCCGCCAGGUGGUCCCCCAGGUGGUCCUCCUCCGCCAGGCGGUCCUCCGCCUCCGGGUGGCCCCCCUCCUCCAGGUGGUCCUCCAGGCGGCCCUCCUCCCCCAGGCGGUCCUCCGGGUGGUCCCCCUGGUGGUCCUCCUCCCCCAGGUGGUCCCCCAGGUGGUCCCCCGCCUCCAGGUGGUCCCCCAGGUGGGCCCCCUCCUCAGUGCCCGGAAUGUGAAACUAUGACAACACCCCAGUAUCCAACCAUGCCAAGCGGAACAGCGCCGUGGUAUCCAACUGGUAGCAUGCCAUCUGCUCCAACAUAUCCGGGUACUGGAUCAACUCCAUGCCCAGAAAGUUCAACAUCGCCUGAGUAUCCUACAAUGUCAAGUGCAACGACACCGGCAUAUCCAACUGGCAGCAUGCCAUCUGCUCCAACCUAUCCAGGUGCUACUACCACUUCGUGCUCGGAAAGUGAAACGACGCCCGUGUAUCCUACAACUAUGUCAACUGCAACAACACCGGUAUACCCAACUACAGAGCCUGGGAACUCCACCAUGUCAACAGAGACAACUCCUGAGGUACCAGGAACAACCACGACCCCGGAGGUCUCUACAACGGCACCCGAAGUUACACCAACUACCGAGACAAGUCCUGGAGUUACAUCGACGACCGAGACGACUCCAGAGAUUACGCAGACGACUGAAACAUCCCCCGUAGUGACGCCGACAACGGAGACAACGCCAGAAAUCACAUCAACCACAGAAGCAACCACAGAGACAACCCCUGAAGUUACACCGACCACCGAGACGACCCCGGAGGUCACGCCAACUACCGAGACAACUCCGGCAGUUACUCCAACGACUGAAACAACUCCGGUAGCUACUACAGAAACAACGACGGACAUCACUUCAACGACUGAGACGACGACUGACACUACGGCCACGACUGAGACGACCACAGAGACAACCGCCGAGACUACUGCCACAACGGAUACCACUGCCACGACGGACACCACUGCCACGACGGACACCACGGCCACGACUGAGACCACGACCGAGACCACCGCUACGACAGACACUGCUACUACAGACACUGCUACCACGACGGAAACCACGACGGAUACCACUGCCACAACAGAUACAUCUACCUCGACGGACACUGUCACGGGCUCCGUGGCGAUGAUGACACCUGAGGCAAAGGUUUUCGGUCAUGAGAAGGCCGCCGCGACCAUGGCCGCUCCUCCGGUAGAGCCGAUGAAGAAAGAAAAAGGCCACGAGCAUUUCAAAGAGAAGGAGCAUUUUGAAGAAAAGGGGCAUUUUGAAGAGAAGCAUCCAGCCAUGUCUAGUAAAGUGCCUAAGCGGGGUAUCAACAGCCGCAGAGACACUGCCGCAUCGGCCCUCCGAGCCUGCCCCGGAGAGCUCACCGGCCGCUGGGAGUCCCCGCGUCUGAUCGUCCCCGUCGACCACGCGCACCCGAACACGGCAUACGGCAAGUCAGACAUCGGCGAGGUGUCCUCGACCAUCUCGUCCGUCUUCAAGUUCAGCAUUCCGGGGGACAGCGAGGCGAACGCAUGCACGGUCGUGUUCCUCGUCCCCGACGAAGAGCAGCACGCCGCCUCCAGCGAGGCAGAGGUGGCGUUCAACAUGACGGGCUCAGGAGCGGUUGAGUUCACGCGUCUCGGCGGCAACGUUGACAUCAAGACUACACUGAACAACCUCCCCGAUGUGGCGCAGAGCUACCGCCGUCUCACGGUUGCGGCGGACAACGCGUACACCAUCGACUCGUUUGCUUGCACGGCCGGCUCCGACGUGGUCGUUGAGAUGGCUAGUGUGCCGUCGUCGUUGUUGUCGUCAUCUGGUGAGACGGAGCUGAAGUUCCGUCAACACUCGGAGGAUGAUGGCAAGUGCCCGCUUGGGCUGUACGUGCUUACAUCUACAUCUGAGGAGGAUGUGGAGUUGUGAAGUAAGUGGGGUGGUGGAAGUGAUUUAGAUUGAUAUUUAGGAUGGAUAUGUUGACUUUCUAUUUUAGUUUAUCUUAUUUUCAAGGAAGAGAUGGGAGAGGUAAGAGGUAAUAAUGACGAUCGUCGACGCGCAUGUACUAGGAUGUGAGACGCGGUUGUACCUAAGGUGCAUUGCAUUCUUGGGUAUAUUGUGUCGCGACAUAAGUGUUUGAUGAGGAUGAAGGUUUGAAGUAGGUAAUACGGGAUGGUGUAGCAAGAGCAAAAGCAAUAGGUAGCCGUUUUUUAUAUAUUAUUUCUUUUGUCUUGUAUAAGAUAACUAUGUUGUGUUAGAAAGU